AUGAUAGCUAGCUUUACCCCAGUCUACCUACAUACCUAUCCAUUCAUUCAAUUACCUUCACGUCCUCCCUACCCUCUCCCACCCCAUCCGACCGAAAAGAAUAAGAAAAAGAAACGAACAAUGACCUCCCACCGCGCCGACGCCAGCACCUUCCUCGACAACCGGGGCUACAGCGGCCCCCUAGUACGCGGCGUGAACCCAGCGACGCUCUUCGAAAAAGCCGUUCGAGACCGGAUCACAGACUCCUACUACUGGAAAGAGCAAUGUUUCGGGCUCAACGCCGCCACACUCUGCGACCGGGCCGUGGAACUGACCUGCAUCGGGGGCGUAUACGGCGUAUCCGAAAAGCCGUCGCCAUUCCUCUGUCUCGCAUUCAAGCUCCUCCAACUCAACCCAGAACGGGACAUUAUCCUCGAGUAUUUGAAUUUCAGCGAUCCUGCGAACGACGACAACAAUGAUGAAUCCUACGAGGAGGGCAACGGGGUAGUCAAAGCGCGCGGCGACUUCAAAUACCUGCGCGCGCUCGCGGCGUUCUACGUCCGAUUGACGUUCGAGCCGGUGGAGGUGUAUAAGACGUUGGAACCGUUGCUGUUGGAUUAUCGGAAGUUGAAGAGACGGGUGCGCGAUUCGUUUACGUUGACGUAUAUGGAUCAGUUUGUGGAUGAGUUGUUGACGAAGGAGAGAGUUUGUGGUACGAGUUUGUGGAAGUUGCCUGCUAGGCAGGUUUUGGAGGAUUUGGAUUUGUUGGAGGUUAGGGUUAGUCCGUUGCAGGAUGAGUUGGAGGAGAUGGAGAGGAGUGAUCGGGAGGAUGAGGAUGAGGAUGAGGAUGGUGGUCGUGAUGAUGAGGGGAGUGAGGAGGGGGAGAGGCAGGGUGAUGAUUGA